AUGGACAGCCACAAGGAUCGGAUUGAGUCCAUGCGCCUGAUUCUCCGGGUCAUGCAGCUAUGUGGCCUCUGGCCCUGGUCCCUGAGAGCUGGAGAGGAGUGGACCUUGUCCGGUUUCGUGAAGCGCAACUACCGCUUCCUGCUGCACCUGCCCAUAACCUUCACCUUCAUCGGACUCAUGUGGCUGGAGGCCUUCAUCUCGAGCAACCUGGAGCAGGCUGGCCAAGUGCUCUACAUGUCCAUCACGGAAAUGGCCUUGGUCAUAAAGAUCCUGAGCAUCUGGCACCAUCGCAGUGAGGCCUGGCGGCUGAUGCACGAGCUGCAGCACUCCCCGGACUACCAGUUUCGCAGCCAAGAGGAAGUGAAUUUCUGGCGGCGCGAGCAGCGGUUCUUCAAGUGGUUCUUCUACAUCUACAUCCUGAUUAGCUUGGGCGUGGUGUACAGUGGCUGCACAGGAGUGCUCUUCCUGGAGGACUACGAACUGCCCUUCGCCUACUACGUGCCAUUCGAUUGGCGAAAUGAGGGAAGAUACUGGUUUGCCUAUGGCUACGACAUGGCGGGCAUGACGCUGACCUGCAUCUCGAACAUAACUCUGGACACCCUGGGCUGCUACUUCCUGUUCCACAUCUCGCUCUUAUACCGCCUGCUGGGCCUGCGAUUGAGGGCUCUGAAGAACAUAGGGGAUGACUUGUAUUUUGGCCAGGAGUUGCGUGGCAUCUUUAUUUUGCAUCAGAGUGUGCGAAGAUUAACCCUCACCUGCCAGAAAAUUGUUUCACCCUACAUCCUAUCCCAAAUCAUUCUGAGUGCGCUAAUCAUCUGCUUUAGUGGAUACCGCUUGCAGCACGUGGGAAUCCGCGAUAAUCCCGGUCAGUUCAUAGCCAUGCUGCAGUUCGUGAGCGUGAUGAUCCUGCAGAUCUUCCUGCCGUGUUACUAUGGCAAUGAGAUAACCGUCCAUGCCAACCAACUGACCAACGAGGUGUAUCACACCAAUUGGCUGCAAUGCGGGCCACCGAUUCGCAAGUUCCUAAACGCCUACAUGGAGCACCUCAAAAGACCCGUGACCAUUCGAGCUGGGAACUUCUUCGCCGUUGGAUUGCCCAUUUUUGUUAAGACCAUCAACAAUGCCUACAGUUUCUUUGCUCUUCUACUGAAUGUAUCGAAGUAA